AUGUCUUCAAAGAGGAUCCGAACGUCGAAGGAGGAGGGUAUGGUAGGAGAUGAGCAAGAAGUCUUCACCGUCCACGAAGGGUUGAUCCGUGCCUCCUCACCAUUCUUUAACAAUGCCAUGGCACAUGAUUGGAAGGAGUCUCAGCAACGCACUAUCCAUCUACCAGAUGAUGAACCCGAAAUAUUUGCGGUAUAUAUGCACUGGCUCUACCGUCGCACACUUCCUGUGUUUUGUAAUGAGCCAGGUCUUCCAGGAACUUCCGAAUACCUUGACUUAGUGAAGGCAUAUGUCCUGGGCUUUAAAAUACUAGACCUCAGGUUUCGAGACUCAACCAUUGACGCUAUUGUGGAGAAAAGCGAAUCCGAAGCACGAGAUGGGAGAUGUCCGUGUCCCUCUGGUGAAGUGGUAAAGUAUGCAUUGGACAACACAAAUGAGUCGGCUCCGAUUCGCGAGCUACUCCUGGAUAUGUGUGCAAAUUGGGGACGCAGAACAUGGCUCCGCCUUUGGGCAGACUGUCUUCCGCAGUCGUUUCUGUUCGAGCUUGCUUCUACUCUUUUGGAUUUGCGAGCGGAUUCUGAUUGGUACCCAGAAGCCUACGAGUAUCAUUAUCGUCGCUCAGAUGAAGGAAACAGCCCUAGGUAA